AUGACAUCGCAUCGCAAGUCGAGGUCUCCGUCGACCCCUUCUGAGGGUGAGAUCAUCGAAUCGGGUUCAGAGAUGAAGGCAACUGCGUCAAAACCUCCUCUUAAUGGCACCAGCGUUGACCCUAGUUCACCCUCUGCGCCACUGAAAGGCAGUGGGUCGCCCCGUCGACAGAGGUCAUGGACCAGGUCGCGCUCGAGAUCCGGAUCUCGUUCGCCGUACCGGGAUAGUAGAAGCAGCAAGCGCAGGCGCUACGAUAAUUAUGAUCAGUACGAGAGCCGACCCUCCCGACAGGAACCUUCGCGACGUUACGGGUCGAGAUACGAUGAUCGACCGGAAGACCGGGCUGCUGGCUCCCACCGACCACGAUCUUACUACGACUACGAUCGCGAGGAAAGCUACGGAGGAGGCCUAAGUUAUACCGAUGACUAUGACCAGCGCAAAGAAAAGCGACAGCGAACCCGAAGCCGGUCCCCGUAUCGCCAUGGGAGAAAGCCUAAGCGGUACGACGAUUUGGACCCCAGCGAGAGCUCCAUGUCUCAGGCGGAUAGUAAGGCGCAUGGGUCAUCGGGAAUAGUAGUGAGCGAACAAGGAAAGACUCAGGCUGGUGCGCAGGACUCCAAACUGGGUGCUGAAACACAAAAGAAUCAGAAGCAGUUGAAGAAACGCAACCAGAACCCGUCGAUGAAGCUGCUGCUCUCGAAGCUCGCCGUAAACGUCGCGAGGCAAUCCGGGCGAAAUACCGAAGCCAGGCGUCCUCCUCUGCAUCUCCAAGCCUUGCAAGUUGAUACAGACUCAUCUACCCCGGGUUCGACGCCGAUUGCUGAACCCGCGAGUGCGCAAGACACGACUGGUAAGAAAGCACAGCAAUCUCAUACAGAAACCUUUUGUCGGACUGACGCUCUUUUGUCCACGAAUAUAGAUUCCUCUAGGUUGUCUCCAUCUCAGCCCCCUAACGAGCAGCCAGAUGAGACAUUCUCAGAUUUCAAGAUUGGCAAAGACACUGAUCUCAUCAACCACGAUGCACCUGCGGAUGGGUCUGAGAAAGACGAACACUCUGCGGCAGACUAUGAUCCGACAUUUGAUAUGAAAGAGGAGAGACAAAAGCAUGGUGUUCAAAAUUCCAAAGACGAUGUCUCAUCCGCGGCAUAUGAUGAAACGCAGGCCACCAAACAAGACAUUCUGAUACCGGACACUCCACAACAGCCUCCGCAGCCCAAGGCGAAAGACCCUUAUGAUAUGUUCGCGGAGGACGUUGAUGAUGAUAUGUUUGCUGAAGAAAAAGAGGAUCAUCCAGCACACGCAUCAGCAACAGCUGUUCCACAGGCUCAAGAACUUGAUAUUAGCAUGAUGGACAAUUGGGACGACCCUGAAGGUUAUUACAACACCCGACUUGGCGAACUGAUCAAUGGUCGCUAUCAUGUGAAGCAAGUGCUGGGUAAGGGUAUGUUCUCAUCUGUUGUGCGAGCUUUGGACGAGAAGACCGGAAAACUGGUUGCUGUCAAGAUCAUCCGUCAGAACGACACCAUGCGCAAGGCGGGUAUGAAGGAAAUUGGAAUCCUAGAACAGCUUCUCGAAGCUGACCCGGAGGGCAAGAAGCAUAUCAUCAAAUUCGAGCGCUACUUCGACCACAAGGGCCACUUGUGCAUGGUAUUCGAGAAUCUCAGCAUGAAUCUUCGCGAACUGCUCAAGAAAUACGGUCGUGACGUCGGAUUGAAUCUGCGCGCUAUUCGCGCCUACGCCCAGCAGAUUUUCCUUGGCUUGAGCCUUCUACGCAAGUGUAACAUCUUGCACGCCGAUCUCAAGCCUGACAACCUCCUCGUAAACGAAAAUCGCAAUGUGCUCAAGGUCUGCGACUUAGGUUCCGCGUCUUCGGCCUCUGAAAACGAAAUCACACCUUAUCUCGUCAGUCGGUUCUACCGUGCCCCCGAAGUCAUGCUAGGAAUUCCGUUUGACUACGCAAUUGAUGUUUGGUCUAUCGGCUGCACACUCUUCGAACUGUACACCGGCAAGAUCCUCUUCACGGGUCGAAACAACAACCAAAUGCUACGCGCAAUCAUGGAAUGCCGAGGCAAAUAUCCGCCCAAGCUCCUGCGCCGCGGAUCUCUGCCCAUCUGCAUUUUGAUGACAUGCUCAACUUCCACAGUAUCGAGGAAGACCGAAUCACCGGUCGUCCCGUGA